AUGGCGAUCCACGAACUCUUCGCUUACCUGCGCCCGAAGUCGGCGGGGGAGGCGAUCGAAUUCUACAAGACCGUCUUUGGCGCGACCGAGAAGUUCCGCCUCUCCGACCGGGACGGGCGCGUCGGCCAUGCGCAGCUUCUGCUCGGGGGGACGACCCUGAUGCUGUCUGACGCCUAUCCGGAGUUCGGCAUCCAUGCCCAGGAGCACGAUGAUGGUCCGAUCUCCUUCGUCAUCCACCUCCAUGUGGAUGAUGCCGACGCCUUGAUCGAGCGCGCCGUGGCGGCAGGCGCGCAACUGCUGCGUCCGCCGCAGGAUCACUUCUACGGCGAACGCUCCGGCACCGUGCGCGAUCCCUUCGGCUACGACUGGCUGAUCGGUCAUUCCAUCGAGACCCUCGAACCGGAAGAGAUCCAGCGCCGCUUCGAUGCCAUGUUCACGGGCCAGGACUGA